AUGACGAAGCUCCCCCGCUCACGAGGCCCGUCCUGUGACGCGGAGAGUAUUUCCAGCAGCAUCACAGGCUGCUGUCCGCCCGCCCCCACUCCAUUCAGGUACCUUACCGCGUCCAGCGAGGUGACGCGCUACCAGCACCCCAGCUUCCGGUCGAUGGAGUUGCUCUUACCCGCCUCACUGUGGUCCGAUUCGUUCGUGCAAGAGCGCGCACGCUACACUCUGCUGCCACGACACCUCUCCCAGUUUUCGAGUCCUUCAGCCAGUACCACUCUGAUGCCCUCCUCCUCGUCUGCGCGAGACAGCACACCGAGCACGACAGCAGCGUUGGUUACUACCCAGGAAGAGCAGCGUCGCACAAGCUCUGCUGAUGUGGACAACUGCCUGUCCGGUCGCGCUCCCGGCAGGUGGUCCUUCAUGACCAUCUACCGCAACUUCAAACGAGCGCGUGAGGAGGCUGCUACGUGGGUUAAGACGCCUGAGAUGUCGCGACGCGACUGCCUGGCUGACAACGCACCUGAGGGGAACUUUUUCUCUGAGCGCCCCUACCGUCCCUCGACCCCUCCUAUUCUCUCUCUGUCGUCCCCUUCCAUGUCUCCUGUCGAUGGCUGUAGCACUACCGAGGUCGACGACGGUGAUAACUACGGCGAGGAAGUGAUUGUGCAAGGUCGUGGACUGAGCUCAUCGUGCCCCUCCUCUUCGACAACGUCACGGGCCGAGUCGAUGGGCGCCGCUGCAUGGUACUCCACUGCUGCUGCCGUUGCCUCUGAGGUAAACAUACAGAACACCAUGUUACAUGGGUACCAGGUGACGCAGUCGUCUUUUCCAGCGACUGCUGGUGUUGCUGCAACCUCGCUCACCGCAGAGCACGCAGAAGCUUUUCGGGUGUUCGAAAUCGUUCUCGACCGAGUAUCCACUGCGCAUGCGACUCGCUGCCCUCUCUGCUCUCCGCCGCGGCCGCCGCGGUGGGGCCGCGGCGCGCAGCUUGCGCUUCCCCCUACGGCACGUACCCCCGACGCCAUGCCCCCCAUCUACCCCGAUCAGUCACGUGCCAUGGUUAGUGAGAUGUGGGGUGCGCGCAAGUUCUCUACAGAUGUGGAAAGGCAGGCAGCGAUGGUGACGCAUCGUCAGCAUCUGCUGCAGCGCGCCUGUUCCCUGCUGAACCGCCACGACGAUCGUCUUCUCUACCUGAGCGAGACCAAACCCGCGCUCUUCAAGGAAGCCGUGGAGUGUCAUCCAAUGGUGCGCGCCUGUGCAGACCUGGGUGGACUCCCACUGCUGCGUGUGCUCUCGGCCACUCUGUAA